AAGAUAACUCAAACGUAUAUAUUGUAUUUUUUUCUCAAUUAAGGUUUCGUUAAGAGGAAGUGCGCAGUGUAUUAUCUGCCUGGCUGCCGGCUGCUAAGCUGGUCGCCAUAUUUGUGGCGAGUUGAGUAGUUGUGAUUUUUCGUGUAUUCGUCGAUACAUCGACGAAAGGGAGUAGCCUGUACUCCCUUAUUAGUGUGUCGCAGUCAUUCUGUGUUAAUAUUGCAAAAGCUUAUGUUUUUUAGUUCAGAGUUUGUUAUUUUCUCAUUGUGUAAAGCUAUAAACAUGGCCUUUUAAAAUGUCGGCUUUGAAUGUAAUUGCUGUGUCUGCUCGCGGAGCUUCCCGCUUUUCUUUUGUGGAUGUUGGAGGAAACCAGAAUGGACAAAAAGUCUAUAAAUCGAUCUACUUUACCACAGUCGAGGGCAACUGCCGUCGACUGUAAAAAAAGUACAGAAUUGACACAUAAACCUUGGCCAAGGAAUAAUAAAAAACGUGAAACAUCGGGUACUGUACCAAAAAAUGAAAACUACCGUAAAAAUUUACCAGUACAGAGAGGAAGAGGCCAGGUUGACAAAAAGCCCCGUUCUCUUGGUGCCAAUAAUUUUACUGUGGGUGGAGCGGAGAACACCAGGCUAGAAAAUGAUGAAGAACCUGAAAUUGGUUCUUUGUUGAUGCCAGGAAGCAAAAAGCAAAAUUUGAACCAUUUGCUGAACUUUAUGUACUACCCUCGAGGUAGUAAUGAGCGGAGAGGGCCUCCAACUCGAAAGCAGGUUGGAAGGCCCCAAAACCGUGUUUACCAUCAUUUUGAACAUGAUUUGUUCUUAAGGACCUAUUGUCAAUUUGUUGUCAAACAAGAUGGAGAUUAUAAAGAAAAUCUGUUAAAUCCUGACCUACCAAUUAAAUGGGAACAAAUUGAGGAAAUUGUGGUAAGGAUGGUUGGUGAAUGGCAAUGCCCCAUAUGCUUGGGUCAUCCAGUGGCUGGUCGUGUGGGUAUCUGUGGCCAUGUUUACUGCUGGGCUUGCAUUUUACAUUACUCCUCUACUCAUGAGAAGCAGCCACCACCCUGCCCUGUCUGUAUUGUGACUCUCAAUGUGGCCAAUAUGAAACCAACCAGAUUGGUUCAGUGGGAUACAACAGAAGAGGUGACAAUGCGCCUCGUCCGCCGUUUACGUGGUUCCUCAAUAGUUGAAGCAGCGCCACCUCGUGGUGUUAUCACAGAGAUCAAAGAUGCAGCUGUCUUGCCGUUGGAGGAACAACUAGCCUCACCAUAUGCCAGAAUAUUUUCGGCUAAUGAACAACAGAUUCUUGACAUAAUAGAGAGAGAUAAGGAAGAGAUUACAGCUCAAAUUCAAGCAGAAAUAGAUACAACAGAACUCGUAUACUUGGAACAAGCAUUAAAUAUGCUUAAGAUUAAAAAAGACAAGCUAAAACGGCAACAUGUAAAACCCAAAAUUGUUGAGGAGGUAGAUGAUAAAGUUGUCAUCGAGAAACAUGAUUUAGCUGAGAAAAAAUAUGAUUGGUUCGAUUUGGAUGAAGAUGAGGGUGCCACUUGUUUAGAUGAAUUGUCAGAUCUAGACAUUAAUGAUGAAGUUCCCGAGAUGCCACCAGAACCUGAUCCCAAAUUUGGGUUUGACUUCAAUGACAAUCCUUUGGAAGACUUGGAUGUUAGGGACAGUCCCACAGAAAUAGAUCCGAAUUAUAUAACCGAAGUUGACAGGGAGAAUCAAUCAAGAUAUUUCUAUUUUUAUCAAGCUGAGGAUGGUCAACAAGUGUUUCUAAAUAGUUUGAAUGUGCGGAUGCUGGUAGCGUCUUGGGGCGCCCUCGUGGCAGCUCCGCCCCUUAUAAGGUCACGAGUGCUGCAUCGAGAUACUGUCUCGUUAGGUGAACAGACCCGUAGACACAUGCCAUACACAGCCCACUUGCCUCUUCACUGCUCCUUUGAUGUAGUGGAACUAGACUUGAAGCCACCCUACGUCACUCCAGAGGCACUUGAAAACUUUGCUGUGGAAAUAGAGCGACGUGCCCGCAACCGUGCUCGUCAAGAACGCGAAGAAAGACGUCGUGAGCGUGCUUACCAUCGCGCCAUGGAGGGUCCACCUAAGCCUGACUUCUCUUCUGAUGUCCUGUUUCCACCACCUAUUUCCCCCUUGGGAAGCCCACCAGAGCAUAAUUUGCUUGAGCCUGGCCCUUCUGUGGAACAACCUGUACCGUCUACCAGUGGUGCUGCCGGGCCAUCUUUUGCAAAGAUGGCAGGCACGAGUGGAACAUGGCGGGUUCGGAAGACUAAUGUACCUCCUCCCAUUGAAGUAAAUGAGGAAAGUCACGCCCCACGCUCUCUAGUACUGAGCGACGCAAUUGAAGCUGCCCUGCAAGCGAGUCCUUCAAACGCCCCGUCCAAAAAGAAAAAAUCCAAACAAAAAUUGUUAUUUGCAACCGGUAUGAACCGGUUCCCGUAAACUUAUAAAUUAGUGCUACCAAGUUCCAUAGAUAAUAUACGAUUUAAGUUGA